AUGGGGUCAGUAUCAAAGUGUGUAUACUUGUUACAGCGAAAUGAAAGUGAAUUGAAGGGGGGAAAGGGUGGAGAUAGUGACGAUGGUAACAGCGAGGCCGGGGGCGGCGAGGCCGGGGGCGGCGAGGCCGGGGGCGGCGAGGGCCGGGGGCAGCGAGGCCGGGGGCGGCGAGGCCGGGGGCAGCGAGGCCGGGGGCGGCGAGGCGGGGGGCAGCGAGGCGGGGGCGGCGGCGAGGCCGGGGGCGGCGAGGCCGGGGGCAGCGAGGCCAGGGGCGGCGAGGCCAGGGCGGCGAGGCCGGGGGCGGCGAGGCCGGGGGCGGCGAGGCCGGGGCAGUAA